AUGAGUCCCGAAGGAACGAAUGCCACUGCGAACGACGAGUUGGAUUUCAUGCACGUUCAUUCCUCGUCAUCGGACCAGGAUUUCUCCAUCUCGAAAGGGCUGGAUUUCAGCAUCAAGCCGGCGGAUGACAACAGAUCCUCAAUUUCAUCAGAUAAAAGCGAUUCGAAACCACCAAGAAGCGCCAUGCGACGGUCAUCUAGCAUUGCCAAAAUCCCACAGAGUCCGAGACGAGUACGAUUCGACUUCAUGGGCGAAGAGGUCCUUCCGACGUCAUCUCCUCAGCCAUUUGCCUUCAUAUCUGCGCGCAUCUCUUCUCCCGAGCCGCUUGAUGAUAGGAUUGAUUGUGCCUCCAACCUUGCGACCGAACCCGGUGAAGAUGAAGAGGAGGAAACACUACCACGCAAAGUCUCGUCUUCAGACGCCCUGCGCGCUCUGUCGAGGGUCCCUUUGGAAGAGGAUGGAACUGUCUGGACCGUGGUCAGCUGUGACUCGGAUGACGCAGCAGUAGAUGAAGCGUCACCGCCCACUGGGAGGAAUAGUGUCGGCAAAACCGAGCGCAGCGAAACCUGUGCCAUUACUACAGACCUGCCAACUGCCGCAGGCUCUCCGCCGACAGCGCGCAAUGCUCCGUCAUGUAAUGUAAGCCAAUCCACCCAUGAGGUCGUCGCCAGCUCGAUUAGCCCCGAACAAGAUUCAUCAGACGACGGCUUUCUUGCCAUGGCUCGGCGCAAGGCACCUGCUCCAUGCGUGUCUAGAACUCCAGAAACGCCGAACUUGGCAAAUCUGACUCAAAAGAUUGGCGGAGACGAACGAAACAACCUGAAUACAGGACAGCUGAACGGCAUAAAGGCAAACACUUUGAAAGACACUACUACCCCUACCCCAAAGCCAGUCACACUGAUACAGAGCGAGGACGAGUUAUUUCAUUUCGAAGAGGAAGGGUUGAAGUUUCCAUUCGAGGCAUCCAAGCGAGACGAGCCUGUGGAGCAGGAGCAGCUCGAAGCAGAUGAUUCUGACCACGAUAUCGCGACAGCGCCCGACGCCGAGCCGAUCAGUCUGUACGCGACAUCGCCUGCCGUUGCAAUCGCCCGACCAAGAGAACGAGAUGCGGAGGAGUCAUUACCGUCGCGACCAAAAUUCCAGGCGGGCACCGUGGGCUCCUACAAAGGCAAGCCGCUCGUCAUGCCUGUCAUGCGAAACCCUGAUAUUCUGGCAAAGCUCGAAUCUACCGAGCCAGUCGGCCCUCUAACAGGGAGCGUACACGAUCGUUACCCGGUAGAAGAGGACUUCAAACCCAGCACCCUUCAGACUUGCAUCAGUCAAGGCGUAGUCGUCAGUGCUCCCAGAAGCUUCAGCGAAAUGCUCAUCUUAGAGGACAUGAUGAAAUCUGCCAAAAGGCAAUCGACAAGUCCUGGGGCGCAUCCACAGUGA